UAUCCACAUCCCUUCCACCACAUCCGCACGCAACCACCACCCCAAAUCCCAAAUCCAAAUCCAACUCCAAUCCAACUACACCAAAAUGCGUCUCCCCUACGCCCCCUCCACCCCGCCAACCUCCGACCCCCCCACCACCGAAAUCUACACCCGCAUCGCCGCCCGCCGACACCCGCGCCCUCUGAUCCCCCUCGACCUCUCCCUACUGCACUCCCCCCCGGUCGCCGACGGCUGGAACAGCUUCCUCGGAGCCAUCCGCACCCAAACCGUGAUCGACCCGGGCCUGCUCGAGCUGGCCGUGUGCCGAGUCGCGGUCCUCACGGGCGCCAUCUACGAGUGGAACGCGCAUGCGCCGCUCGCGCUGAAGGGGGGGAUCACGCCGGACGAAUUGCAGGCCGUGCGGACGCUGGCUUGUCUCGCUGAGUCUGAGCAGGAUGCAACUACAAGUAUGGCUGGGUCUGCAGCGACGCACGCACUCGAGGGCAGCGCGCUCUCCGAAAAGCAGCGGGCGAUCGUGCGGUAUGCGGAUGAGAUGACGCGGACAGUGCGCGUCAGCGACGAGACGUUCUCGGGGCUGCAGCGCGCGGGGUUCUCCGAUCGGGAGAUCGUGGAGUUGACGGCCGGUGUGGCGGGGUAUAAUUGUGUCAGUCGGGUGUUGGUCGCGUUGGAUGUGGGGGAGAAUAAUGAUAAGGAGAUGAGGAGUGUGGAGGAGUUGGUGGCGGGGUUGAAAUGAUUUUCUUGUUGAUAUUGAUAUUUGGGUGCGGGGUUGACAUGGGUUGUUGUAUAUUGGAGGGUAGGGUAUAUACUACAGAUGGAAUGGGUUAUAUAAGUACAGUAUACAGAAGAAAGUGAGGAUCGGAUUGCAUAAACCCUUUAUGUAUAAAGCAGAUAAUCACCAACUAAAGCAAUCACUUUGUAUUACUUUACCAUUACUACCAUCACAGUUCCUCCGUCGUCCCACCAUAACUCCAUAACAGUCAGCAAUUGAUCAUCAUACCAUCCCACCGGCUACCCCAUCGGCACCGUCGGCAAAACACUCCCCCGGUACGGCAGAGUUAACUAGUCACGCUUCAGCAAAACUG